AUGAAGAUUAUCGAGUCUCAGGCGGCCGUCCUGUCCAACUACGAGGUCUACCAGCACCUUGUCGACCAGCGCGAGCGGUACAAGCUCAAGAAGCGUCGCGGUCCGCCCAACCUCGAGACGCUGCUCCAGUAUCUGCGGACGCAGCCCAGUCCCCUUAGCCAGGAGCCGAGCACGUACACGGCCGGUUGCAUCGGCCAGCUCCUGGAGCGGCUCCAUCCUUACGAGCUCUCCAAGGGCGAGGUGGUGACGAUUCUCAACCUGCGACCGGCCUCCGUUGCCGCCCUCAACACCGUCGUCGAGGACAUGUCGGAGCGAUUCAACGACGAGCAGCAGGAGGACAUGGUCAACAUCAUCGCCCAAGUUCUGGGCCAGUUUGACGUCGACGAGGCCGAGCAGGCCGAGCAGGCCGACGACGUAGGCAUGGACGACGCGCCGGUCGCAUGA